UUGAGAUGUUGGAGUCGUCAUCCGGUCGUCGCAGUGUCGAGAUUCUUCCAAUUUUUAGUGUCGUAAAGUGCGGUGGUCUUUAAAUUUAACAAAUUUAUCGUGAUCGUUGUGGAUUUUCCGUAAUUUUAACGAGUUUGUGGACGAAUUUCACGUACGAAUCGACGCAAUUGCGCGGUGAAGUAAGAUGGCCGCCGCCGCAGCUGCUGCUCUGCUCGAUGAGCUAAUGGGCAGAAACAGAAAUGUCUUGCCUAACGAAAAACCCAAAGAACUCAACUGGGAGGAUCCUGAAUUUUGCAAACUUUAUUUGGUGAAGUUCUGCCCUCAUGACUUAUUUGUUAACACGAGAGCAGACUUGGGUGCCUGUCCGAAAGUGCAUGAUGACGAGGCUAGGGAAUUAUUCGAAAAGGCACCCUAUUCGUAUCGUAAGCAGCAAUACGAGGAUGAAUUUAUCAGAUAUUGCCAGGGCAUGUUGAACGAAGUGGAACGAAAAAUUGUAAAGGGAAAGCAGCGAUUGGCGCUGAUUGGUAGAACGGAAGCACCAACGUUAACGCCAGCGCAAACGCAGAGGAACGAAGAGCAGAUCGCUCUGUUAACGGAGAAGAUAAACAAGCUAGUGGAGGAGGCUGAGCAAAGUGGAAUCCAGGGCAACGUGGAGCAGGCCCAGGGUCUGAUGCGUCUUUGCGACCAGCUGAAAGAGGAACGCGAAACCCUGAGGAAGUCCAACGACAACAGCCAUUACAAUCAAACUGCUGAAUUGGCAGCUGCGCAGGAGAAACAGAUGGAAGUGUGCGACGUGUGCGGUGCAUUCCUCAUCGUGGGUGAUGCCCAGCAGCGAAUCGACGAUCACUUGAUGGGAAAGCAGCAUGUCGGUUACGCAAGACUGAAGAGCGCCCUUCAAGAGAUAAUGAGCAAGCGCGAGAAAGCGCGCGACGAGAAAGAACAGCGGAGGGAGGAGGAGCGGAAGCAAAGGGCGCGAGCGAACGAGGAGCUUGACAGGCGACGGAGAGACGGCGACAGGGACAGAGAGCGCGACAGAGACAAAGACAAACGUCGCAGACGAAUGGACGAAGACAAGAGCCGCUAUGACUCGGGCAGUCACAGGAAUGCUGGACAUAGAAGUAGAAGUAAGUCACGGGACAAGCAUCACCGAGACGAAGAAAGUCAUCGACGUCAUAGCCGAGAUAAAGGAGGUCGCGACCACCGGAGUUCCAGUCAUCAAAACCGCCGUCGUCACCGCUCGCGAAGCCGAAGUCACAAGUAACUUCUCUUGAUUGGUUAGUGAGUGAGAA